AUGGCCGCCAACAACAGAACCGCUGGUGGAAACGCCGCCUUCCACAACUUCAACAAUGACUUCGCUCACAUCGAAGACCCUAACGAGCGUCGCAGACUCGCUCUUGCCGAGAUUGACAAGGCUCCCUUCGGCUGGUACCACGUUCGCGCCAUCAUCGUCGCCGGUAUUGGUUUCUUCACUGAUGCCUACGAUAUCUUCGCCAUCGGUCUCGUCACCAACAUGCUUGGUGUUGUCUACUGGCAAGACGCCAAGAAGAACCCUGGCAAGAUCCCCCAGACUGCCGACACUGCCAUCAAGGUUGCUACCUCUGGUGGUACCGUCAUCGGUCAGGUUGGGUUUGGUUACCUUGCCGAUGUUGUUGGUCGUAAGAAGAUGUACGGUCUCGAACUCAUAAUCAUCAUUUUCGCAACCAUCGCUCAGGCUCUCUCCUCGCACUCUCCCGCUAUCUCGAUUGUCGGCAUUAUCAUCUUCUGGCGUGUUCUCAUGGGUAUCGGUAUCGGUGGUGACUACCCCCUUUCAUCUAUCAUUACCUCUGAGUUUGCUACCACCAAGUGGCGCGGUGCCAUGAUGGGCUCCGUCUUCGCCAUGCAGGGUAUCGGUCAAUUCGCUGCUGGUAUCAUUGCUCUCAUCGUCACUGCCGGCUUCAAGGAGUCGCUCAUGACUGCCAAGAACCCUGCUGCUUGCGAUGGUGUCUGCCAACUUGCUGUUGACAAAAUGUGGCGUGUAAUCAUCGGUUUCGGUGCUGUUCCCGGAUGUGUUGCUCUCUACUACCGUCUUACCAUUCCUGAGACUCCUCGUUACACCUUCGAUGUCGCCCGUGACAUUGUCAAGGCCGACACUGACUCCAAGGCCUACCUCAACGGCAAGCACCACGGCAACCCCGAUGAGAUCACCCGUGCUACCACUCAAGCUGCUACUGCCGGUCAACUCGAGGUUCCCAAGGCUUCAUGGUCCGACUUCUGCCGCCACUACGGCCAGUGGAAGAACUUCAAGAUUCUCCUCGGUACUGCUGGUUCGUGGUUCUUCCUCGAUGUUGCUUUCUACGGUGUCUCGCUCAACAACUCGGUCAUUCUUUCUGCUAUCGGCUACAGUGGUGGUGCCAACAUGUACGAGACUUACUACAACACUGCUGUCGGUAACUUGAUCAUUGUCUGUGCUGGUGCCAUCCCUGGUUACUGGGUCACUGUUGCCCUCGUCGAUACCAUCGGUCGCAAGCCCAUCCAGCUUAUGGGCUUCACCCUCCUCACCAUCUUCUUCUGCAUCUUCGGUUUCGGUUACAACGUCAUUGGAACCAAGGGCAAGCUUGCUGUCUACGUUCUCUGCCAGUUCUUCUUCAACUUCGGUCCCAACGCUACCACCUUCAUCGUUCCCGGAGAGUGCUUCCCUACUCGCUAUCGUUCCACCUCCCACGGUCUCUCUGCCGCCUCUGGUAAGAUCGGUGCUAUCAUUGCUCAGGUCGUCAUUGGUCCUCUCCGUGUCCGCGGUGCCACCAAGACCAACGCCUCUCCUUGGCUCAACCACGUCCUCGAGAUCUUCGCUCUCUUCAUGUUGAUGGGUAUCUUCACCUCACUCCUCAUCCCCGAGACCAAGCGCAAGACCCUCGAGCAACUUGCCGGCGAGGUUCCCGGAACCCCCGAGUACGACGAGCACACCCACGGUGCCGUUGAGAGCAAGAACUCGGACGACUACUCUCAGACCAACAUGGCUGAGAAGUCUGCCGUUUAA